AGCUGGGAAUCGAAGCCAGCGCGCGGGACGGUUUCUCGGGGACAGUGCCCUGUGAAGUGGGAGCUGGGAAUCCAGGCCAACGCGCAGGACGGUUUCUCGGUGACAGUGCCAAGCAGGGAACUCGCAUAUCUCGGGAGAAGGAUUGGUUUUGCUUGUACCAUGGAUGAUAGUGAUGAUAGUGAUGACUUCCUCAAUGACACAGUUAAGUGGAGAUCUCAAGCUACACCAAGAUACAUAAAACCAGAUUUGAAGCCAUCAAAGCUUUCCUUAUCAUAUAGAAGCAGCCAACCUAUCAAUAGCAAACCAAAAGUGUCAAAAGUUGAAUCAGUUCCAUCACAAGCCAAAACAACUCCCUCGAAAACCAGAACUUCCUCAAAAACCAAAAGAACUCCACCAAAAUCCAGCAAGACCAAAAUCAAGAAGGGCACUCCAGUCAAAUCAAGAGCAGAUCACCCUGAGGAAAAUUGUACUGCUUACCAGCGUGCUCAAUGGGAAUUUCUUUUUGGGUCUCAAUCUUGUAAAAUAGAAAAGCCAACUCCUCAAAAAAGAAAAGGUGGUUCUGAGGGAGAAUCUUCAAAGGAUUCCUUUUCAUCAGGUUCACAUUACAAGAAAAGAAAUAAUUCAGGGGAGUGUUCACCUCACUGUACAAAUGAGAAGCAAGAUGACCAGAGGUGUUGCCACUGCAGCUUUCCAUUUAAGACUUACAGAGAGAAUCCACAUAAUGCAUUUCUUUGCUCUACCACUGAUUUCUCAAACCUGCCUAGAUGUGAUAAAGAAGGCCAAUGUCAGGAAAUAACAGAGCAGCAUUUCUUGAAAUUUAAUCACAGAAAAAGUUCCUUAGUUAAAAUUAACCUACUUUGCAAUGAUGUAAACUCAAACACACUUGUGAAGACAAACCCUAUUACCAGUACUCCUAGGUGUGAUGUUACUGGUCCAUCAACAUCUAUGGUGUCUUCUGUGGGUGCUGCAUCUGAUGACCAGUUUUCAGUUAUCACUGUGAAGUCUGAAAAUGAGGCAAGUACUCUCCCUGGGUAUAAGGAUGAUAGCUCACCCUUGUUUGAUCUAGAGGAAAUUGAAGAUCACAAAGCACCUUUGGAUAAAGACCUUUUAACCAGUGAAAACCAAGACCACAGUACACCCUUGGAUGAAGAACCUGAAAACAGUGAAAAUAGUCAUGUCUCCAGUAAUUUGUUGGACUGCAUACCUGAUAUUGACUUGGAUGUAGAUGAUCAGGAAACAGUGUGCUUUGAUAAUGAACAUCUCCAUGCUACCUCUUCUACAAAGGAAGACAGACAGGAAAACCAAAAGUCUCCAUUGAAUCAUGAUAACAGUUCUGUAUCAGAAAAAGCUGAUUUAAAGAACAGUGAAACUGCAGCAGAUGCAUUAGAAGAUCCUGAAGGAGAUGAAUUAAUUGCCAGCUUGUCAGAGGAAGCAAUAGAUCAGUUUGCAAUACCUUUAUUAGAGAAGAUCAUCAAGUGGAGAAAGAAUUGUGAAGAAGCCCAAGCCAAUGUUCCAGCCAAUGAAAACAAUCCAAGUUCUGGAUUAAAAAAAAAAAAGAAUAUAGUCAUCCAACCAGGAUGUAUCCACUUCCACUACCAUGAAGCAAAUCCAGUUCAGUCACACUCCAAAGAGAAUGGUCAGACAAGCAUUCUGAAUUAUUUUGCACCAAAAAAUUCGAAAGAGGAAAGGUAUUCAUGCAGUGAAAAGAAAAUGGCUUCAAAGCAGGAAAAUAGUGCAGCAUGGCAGAGACUGAUGGGUCACAAACAAAAGAGAAGCCUUGUGCCUCUGCCACCUGUCUCCCAAAACAGUUCCUCUGAGAAUUCUUCAACUCUGUUGUCCAAAACACAGAGAAAUACGGCCACCAGGCAGAGGUGGGGAAGGAGAGGUACUGCAGAGCCAAAAAAUUGUCCCUUCUAUAAAUACAUUCCAGAUACAAGCUUUGUUGUUGAUGCAUUCAGCUAUGGAUCUGUGGAUGGGGUGACAGCGUACUUCCUGAGCCACUUUCAUUAUGAUCAUUACUGUGGCCUUCAAAGGAAUUUCAGUCACCCUAUUUAUUGUAGUGAAAUUACUGCAAGACUUGUCAAUAAAAGGCUAGGGGUGCAUCUUCAGUACUUGAAUCCACUCCCCAUGUGGAAACCACAGGAGGUGUGUGGUGUGGAAGUGACACUGCUUGAUGCCAAUCAUUGCCCAGGUGCCGUGAUGUUUCUGUUCAAGGUGAAGCCAGGUGUUAGACACUUACAUGUUGGAGACUUCCGUGCCCACCCAUCCAUGGAGAGAUACCCAGCCCUGCAGUGUCCCAUUCACUCCCUCUUUUUAGAUACCACCUACUGUUCUCCAGAGCAUGAUUUCCCCACACAAGAAAAGAUGAUUGAGAAGUGUGUGUCACUGGCCCAGGACCACUAUUUGAGGAAUGCCAAGACCCUCUUUGUUGUUGGCUCAUAUACAAUAGGAAAAGAGAGAGUAUUCAAAGCUAUAGCAUCAAAUCUGAAUAGCUCAAUAUGGGUAAAGGACUACAAGAAACAGGUCCUGAAUUGUAUUAAUGACAAAAAUAUCUUAGCACGACUCACCCAAAGCAAGACAAGUGCCAUGGUGCAUGUUCUACCCAUGUCUGAAGUGAAAGGACAGAAACUAAGGGAAUAUUUGAAUCAGUUAAGGAGUACCUUCACUGAAAUAGUGGGAAUAUGUCCCACUGGCUGGGAAUUCACAUCCAGUAGCAAUGUGGAUGACAUCUCAGAACAUCCCUAUCCUGAUGUGUACAUUUACGGGAUACCUUACUCAGAACACUCAAACUUCAGUGAACUGAGGCGAUUUGUGCAGUUCAUUAAACCCAGAAAAAUAAUCCCCACUGUCAAUAAUGGAAGCCAGGCAAGCAGGAAGAAGAUGGAACAAUACUUCCUGGAGUGGCAAACAAAAAGACAUUUCUUUUCCUGAUAAGGGAGGGUCUUUUUUUUGUUUAUUCAUCUAACAGACAUGCCUUCCCUUAUGAAUGAAGAGGGUUGCCGAGAAAGAAUGCCUUGUGUACACAAUCACACCCUCAAGUUUUUUCUCACAUCUUACCCCACAAAUCUCCACAAGAGUAAGAACUGAUUUGUUGUCUUCAAGAAACUCAAUCCAUUGUUUCUUUAUUACUCUUUCACACAUCUUGCAUAUUACACUAUACUGGUCUGUAAUUUAAAGGUUCUUCCUUCCUUCCUUUAUUAUACAUGAAAAUCUCCUCAGCUUUUUUCCAUUCUACUGGUACUGUUCCAUUUUCUAUUGAGCAUUUUAUAAUGUAUAUAGGACUUGCUAGUUCUUCCUUACAUUCUUUUAAUAUUCUGCCGGAGACUUCAUCCGGUCCCAUUGCCUUCCCUUCAUCUAAUUCUGUCAUCAACUCUUUAUUUCAAGCUUGGUUAGUUUAAUCUCUUUCAUAUAGA